GAGAGGGCGCGGGGCGCGGAGGAGAUCGCGGCAGCCGCGGGGUCGGUGCCCGUCCCGGUGGAGCUGGCCAGGGGCGCGGCGAUGUGAGGGAGCCAUGAGCGCGGCGUGGACGCUGUCCCCCGAGCCGCUGCCGCCGUCCACGGGGCCCCCGGCGGGCGCGGGGCUGGACGCCGAGCAGCGCACCGUGUUCGCCUUCGUGCUGUGCCUGCUCGUGGUGCUGGCGCUGCUCAUGGUCCGCUGCGUGCGGAUCCUGCUCGACCCCUACAGCCGCAUGCCCGCCUCGUCCUGGACCGACCACAAGGAGGCCCUCGAGCGCGGCCAGUUCGACUACGCCUUGGUCUGAAGGGCCCGACCCCCCACUUUCUCCCCCGCCG